AUGUACCGCGCAUUGUGGAAUACAAUAUUCUUUCUUACCGGCUAUCUGUUUACAUAUGGCAAAAUACAAGAAAAUUCGACUCCAUUGACGACCAUGGAGAUGACUCCUACAGCUGUAACAACCACAUCUACCACAACUAUCAGCAGCAAAGCAGAUACAAGUACUACAAAUGUUCUUAAAAAGCUGAUAGCAGCAGCAGUCCACUCUCACUUUUCUGACUGCCCAGACUCCCACAGCCACUUCUGCUUCCAUGGCACUUGCCGAUUUCUUAUCCUUGAGAAGAUGCCUGCGUGUGUGUGCCAGCCUGGCUUUAUAGGCAUGCGUUGUGAGCAUGCAGACCUCUUGGCAGUGGUGGCAACCAACCACAAGCAAGAUGCUGUGACCACUAUGUUGAUGCUAUGCAUAUUGGGCAGUGUCCUGGUCAUACUGGUUUGCACUAUUAUAAACUGUUGGUGGAGGCGUGGCAGGUGUAGACGUGGACCCAUUAUUUGCUGUUUUUCAGAAAACCCAAAUGGGCUAAUAAAAAGAGAGUCAUUCUGCCAUCAAUCAGAGAGAGUUUUUUACAGUAGUAAAGUCAGCUAUAAGGCAAUUAAGAAGCACAGCGAUCUAAUGUGCUAG